CGCUUACAGAAGCACUUUGUAAGACCAGCUUCUAGGGCAUUGGACAGGACUGUGCUAUCAGCAGCUUGAAUCAGCACCUGUGGGAGCAAGAUUCAAAACAGACGUGCCAGCCAACAUGAGCACAGCGGGCAAAGUUAUUAAAUGCAAGGCAGCAGUAUUGUGGGAAGCGAAUAAACCAUUUUCUCUUGAGGAAGUGGAAGUUGCCCCACCAAAAGCACAUGAAGUUCGUAUUAAGAUUGUAGCCACGGGGAUCUGUCGCUCUGAUGACCAUGUGGUGACUGGUGCACUGACUAUGCCUUUUCCAAUCAUCCUUGGGCACGAGGCAGCUGGCAUUGUAGAAAGUGUUGGGGAGAAAGUAACUUCAUUAAAGCCAGGAGACGCAGUUAUUCCACUCUUUGUUCCACAGUGUGGGGAGUGCAAAUCUUGCUUAAGCACCAAGGGCAAUCUGUGCAGUAAAAAUGACCUUUCUUCUGCUUCACCUACUGGAAGAAUGGCUGAUGGCACCACUAGGUUUACCUGUAAAGGGAAAGCAAUUCAUCAUUUUAUUAGUACAAGUACGUUCACUGAAUAUACAGUAGUACAUGAAACUGCUGCAGCCAAAAUUGAUUCUGCGGCUCCUUUGGAAAAAGUUUGUCUGAUUGGCUGUGGAUUUUCAACUGGUUAUGGGGCUGCUCUGCAGACUGCCCAGGUAGAACCAGGCUCCACCUGUGCUGUCUUUGGCCUCGGAGGAGUUGGCCUCUCUGUUGUCAUGGGCUGCAAGGCAGCUGGAGCGUCCCGCAUCAUUGCCAUCGAUAUCAACAAGGACAAGUUUGCCAAGGCCAAGGAGCUGGGAGCCACUGAGUGCAUCAACCCUAAAGACUUCAAGAAGCCUAUUCAUGAAGUGCUGACAGAAAUGACUGGUGAGGGUGUGGACUACUCCUUUGAGGUCAUCGGCCGUAUUGAGACCAUGACUGAAGCCUUGGCCUCUUGCCACAACAACUAUGGAGUCAGCGUGAUUGUGGGAGUGCCCCCUGCAGCACAAAAGAUUAGUUUUGACCCCAUGCUUCUCUUCAGUGGUCGCACCUGGAAAGGAUCCGUCUUUGGAGGUUGGAAGAGUAAAGAUGCAGUGCCCAAACUGGUUGCUGAUUACAUGAAGAAAAAGUUUGUUUUGGAUCCAUUAAUAACCCACACUCUUCCUCUCGCUAAAAUUAAUGAAGGAUUUGAUCUGCUAAGGACAGGGAAGAGUAUUCGCAGCGUCCUAGUAUUGUAGCAUUCUUGAUGGCUCAGCAGCAGAACAAACUUCAUUCUGCUCCAGUACAACUGAUACGAAUCAGACACUGCUGAAAAGUGUCACCACUGCCUUCGCUUAAAAGGAUCACGCUCAGCAUCCAGACUUCAAGCAAAGCACUUAGAAUGGAAACAAUCAUCUUUCUUCCCAUCUUUUGUUUUUUAUUACUGCUGUCAAAUUUCUCUUAAUAUCCAAAAAUGAUAUUACAGCCUGUGCUGCUGGGGCAGGUGUUAUGAAAGGUUUGUUUUCUGAUCUUUAACUGUGAAUACCAAGUGACAGGUGACAGUCUGCAAAAGAUCAAACUAAGAAUCUUACAGCUUUUUCUGCAUUUGUAAUCUGGAAACAGGAACAGAAGCUAUUUCUACUUUACUAUUUCAACUACCUUACUAUAAAACCUGUUCUUCCUACAUCUGAUUGCACAGUAAAAUGAAAAAAAAUCAGCUACUAUCUAGCCUAAACUGCCACUAGUACAGCUCAGUACCAUUCCAGUGCAUCCCAUCAGCUGCCAAAACAUAUACGGAAUCUUGCUGCUUUCUGCAACCUGGAAGUGUGGACAGAGGCAAUUCCAUCUUGGAAAAUAUGGCCUACGCAGACUAAUCUUUUUAAGGAGAUGAUAGGACUACUGGAAGUGGCUAAGUACACAAAGGUAGACAUACAGUACUUGCCCAGUAGCUGGGUAAAGGAGACUGAAAUAAGGGGACAGAGAAAACAGUGUACGUCAGCUGAACAAGUCCUUGAGCAGCCCAGCAGGGUUAAUGAUUUGAAGACAGGUUUACUGAGAGAUUAGACCUACCAGAAGGAGCUGCUCUAACAUAUAUGCGUCUACUUAACUCAGCUUGCUCAGCAAUUAAGACCCAAACAUCAAGGAUUUCUUCAUGUGGCAUUAUCUGGGCAGUCAGGUCCAAAGACUUUUUGUGGACAGUAAAAGCAGUUUAAAGUGCAUGCAAAGUCUAUUUUUGCUGUCCUGAGUGCCCAGGGGUUUUAGAACAUCAAGGGCUCAGGCACCCAUCAGCAGCAUGGCAGAACUUGAUAAUCACCAGGUAGAUCUUGGGCUGAAUCAGCUGGGCAGGUAGUGCGUGAGAACCAACAGCAUGAACUGGAUCGCUGACAUAUUUGUACAAAGAGGGGGAGCGGGCUUUCAAUUCUAUGUAACUGAUCCCUGUCUGUAAUAAUUCAGUAGAAACAAGAGGGGCAUAAUGUCUCAGUUCUCAGUGGCUUCUAAUAAAACAUUUUCUGUGGAGGCAAA